AUGUACAACUGUUAUUCAACAACCCAUUCAUCACCACUCCCAGUCCACAUGAAUUUGACUACCUCUUUUGGUAGUGAAUUCCUUAUCAUAGGCACUAUAUACUGUGACCUUCUUUCCUCAUCUUCCUUCCUUCCUUUAUCUUCUGUCAUUUCCUUCCUUCCUUUUUUUAUCUUCUGUCAUUUCCUUCCUUCCUUUUUUUAUCUUCUGUCAUUUCCUUCCUUCCUUUUUUUAUCUUUUGUCAUUUCCUUCCUUCCUUUUUUUAUCUUUUGUCAUUUCCUUCCUUCCUUUUUUAUCUUUUGUCAUUUCCUUCCUUCCUUUUUUUUUUAUCUUUUUGUCAUUUCCUUCCUUCCUUUUUUUUUUAUCUUUUGUCAUUUCCUUCCUUCCUUUUUUUUAUCUUUUGUCAUUUCCUUCCUUCCUUUUUUUAUCUUUUGUCAUUUCCUUCCUUCCUUUUUUUAUCUUUUGUCAUUUCCUUCCUUCCUUUUUUAUCUUUUGUCAUUUCCUUCCUUCCUUUUUUAUCUUUUUUCAUUUUUCCUUCCUUUUUAUCUUUUUUCCUUUCCUUCCUUUUUUAUCUUUUGUCAUUUCCUUCCUUCCUUUUUUAUCUUUUGUCAUUUCCUUCCUUCCUUUUUUAUCUUUUGUCAUUUCCUUCCUUCCUUUUUUAUCUUUUGUCAUUUCCUUCCUUCCUUUUUUAUCUUUUGUCAUUUCCUUCCUUCCUUUUUUAUCUUUUGUCAUUUUCCUUCCUUUUUAUCUUUGUCAUUUCCUUCCUUCCUUUUUUUUAUCUUUUGUCAUUUCCUUCCUUCCUUUUUUUAUCUUUUGUCAUUUCCUUCCUUCCUUUUUUUAUCUUUUGUCAUUUCCUUCCUUCCUUUUUAUCUUUUGUCAUUUCCUUCCUUAUUUUUUAUCUUUUGUCAUUUCCUUCUUCCUUUUUUUAUCUUUUUUUCCUUUUCCUUUUUUUUAUCUUUUGUCAUUUCCUUCUUCCUUUUUAUCUUUUGUCAUUUCCUUCCUUCCUUUUUUUAUCUUUUGUCAUUUCCUUCCUUCCUUUUUUAUCUUUUGUCAUUUCCUUCCUUCCUUUUUUAUCUUUGUCAUUUUUCCUUCCUUUUUUUCAUUUCUUCUUUUUUAUUUUGUCAUUUUUCUUUUUUCUUCCAACCACAACAUACAAACCCUUCAUUUUUUUUCUCAUUUUAUUAUUUGGGCUUUAUUAUUUAA